UUCGUCAACGGCUCUCCGUCCGCUCUAAAAUACAUAUAAGAUUAUUUAUUUUUAGCUCUGGCUGGCCUGUAUCUGUAUAUCAGGGCCCGGCUAGCUGAUACAUCCAGAUGGUUUUAGCUAAGGUGCAUGUUUACGGAUUCCUGGAGAUUGUGAAUAAGGAGCGAGGCUGCACCGGUCUGUCCUUCAUUAAGAGCCAGUCAGAGCAGAGAGGCAUUUAUCACGACAGACCGAGCUUUCAUAACCCGGUGUUCCCGCACACACACAGCAUUUCCCUCUCCCAGAGCUACUGUGCCGAGCCAGCCUCCUCAUUCAGCUCCCUGUAACUAAUAUAAAAGAGGUUACGUGCUCGUAUCAAGCUGCUAAAAAGUCAGAGGAUACGUACCCCAGCUCAUCUCAUGUGUGUUGUGGCUCUGGAUCCUGACUUGCUGCUGACGCUCACUAGGCUCCACUGUGCUCCAUGAUGCCUCGUAUGAGGUCACACAGAGGACAGCAACCCCACUUCCCAUUCCCUCUCGAAAACCUCAACCCCCAUCGCUGCAGCGGACUGGCUUAAACUUCCCAGAAUGCACCUCUUCAACCAGCUGACCCCGGGGUCGGCAGCUGUCAAUCACGUCCUCAGCUGGCUGUGCAGCUUCUGGACAUAGACUGGAGGAUGUGAGGGAGGCCUCUGAGAGGAGCCCUGGCUCUGCGUAUGGGAUCAUCUCUGUGCAUUCAUGGCGGGGUCAUGCCCAGGACAGGCUUGGGGGACAAGGGCUAAGGACCGCGGGGAGCAGCGAGCGGAGCUGGUCAUGGUAUGGACGAGCUCAGAAUGGAUUCAAAUGGGGCUUAUGAGGCCUCUCAGCCCAAAUGGACCUCAUGUUUACACACUUGUCCAUCAGCUGAACAGUGUGCAGCCUCAGGUAUUCAGAGAGAUGGUGAGAUGUCCCCAAGAUCAGCGGUACCGUGUCUGAACCUGAGCAGCAGGAGGACGCCGGAGAACUCCCCGCGACUGGAGCACGGCGGCUCCGGCUCAUUUCUGUCCUGCGAUGAGCUGCAGAAACCCUCGCAUCUUCCUCCUCCCCCUCUUCCUCACCGACUCAGCCUGCGCGGGGAUCUGUACGCCACCGCCAUGGGGAGAUUCGGUGAUGUUGCGGCGGCAGACUUUACGCACGGCGCUGCCGCGGCGAACCCGCCCGCCUCACCGUCCAAACACAGCAAGUUCUUGGACAGUAUGAACCAGGAGCAGAAGGGCACCGCGAUAAGCGGCAAGCCGGCGUUUUAUGAGAACAACUCGGAAGUCAGGGAGAAAGGACCUCCAAAGAUGGGCUAUCCCGGUAUCGGCACAGAUUGUUGUGGCAAGCUGAAAGAGCCAGGCAGCGGUUUACACGGGGACUCUAUCGCCGACUCCAUCGACCUGUCGGGCAAGAACAAGAAGCGGCGCAAUCGCACCACCUUCAGUACCUUUCAGCUGGAGGAGCUAGAGAAGGUGUUUCAGAAGACGCAUUACCCCGACGUGUACGCCCGGGAGCAGCUUGCCCUGAGGACUGAGCUCACAGAGGCCCGGGUUCAGGUUUGGUUCCAGAAUCGUAGAGCCAAGUGGAGGAAACGGGAACGCUAUGGGAAGAUCCAGGAGGUCCGCAACCACUUUGCUACUUAUGAUAUCUCUCUUCUCCCUCGCCAUGACACAUACCAGAUGCAGGGCAACCUGUGGCCGGGGGCAACUUCAGGAGGAGGUGGUGGUUCAGGUGCCGGCUGUGUCCUAGGAGCUGACUCCAUCCCGUCGUCCUGCAUGAGUCCAUACCCUCACCCCCACAGCAAUCUGCAGGGCUUCAUGGGCAUGCCCCCAUCCCCUGGCCAUCCCCACCACCACCACCCGCCUCACCAUCCUGGCAUCAACGGCCUCUACUCGCUCCAUGGCUUCCCAGGAGGCCUUGGGUCCCCUUCCAUUGAGGGGCCUGAUGCCGAAUACAAGCCGACGGGCCUGGUGGCGCUGCGGAUGAAAGCCAAAGAGCCAGGCAGCAUCCUCUCCUGGCCUACAUGACCACAACAGUGCCAGUUCCCCCAUUAUGCACUGACUGAGCCAAAGCAUAUUACAUUCCCGACCCAUAGACAGAGCCUGGUGUACACACCCACCUCAGCAUAUGACUCAGAUAUUUCCUCUUAACAUUUAUAUAAGCCAACUUGGAGACUUGUCACACUUCAGAAGAUCUUGGAAUAGGAGUUUCAUGAACAUUGAGUGCUACUUGAGCCUCUUGCAUGAAAAUCCAGCGCAUUAAUGGGAACUUUCAAUCUUAGUUUGAUAUCACAGUGCUGAAACCAAAGAGGAAAAAUUAUUUAAGCAUGUAAAAAUUGUAAUUAUCAUAUUAAUCAUUGUCUUUUGUCUGUUGUUCUCUAUAGUGUGACCAGUAAUAAAGGCCUCCAUCUAAAG